UGUUGUCCGCAUCACAAUGAAACCAAACAUCUGUCAUGAACUCAUCCAGUGACAGUCAGAUGCUUGCUAUCAAUAACUGAUUCCAAAGAUCAACAUGUGAUAAUCCUGGACGUGCAGCAAUGCUUGCUCUCUCUUGUGUCUGCUUUGAGUUAGCUAGAGCAUAAAUAUCUGAACACAGAAGAUUUUAUACAUAUUGUGAUCAGAAUCUUGCAAGUCUUGCAAGUUAUAGUCAAAUCCAGAAUUUAACUACAGACCAAAUCAACCAAACUCAAAUGCAUAAAAGAAAAUACAACACCAGGAUUCAAUCUAUCAACUUCUUAUUCCAGGUUAUUGAGAACUUUGUAUUGUCUCUCAUACUGAUGAGGUAAUCAACAGAUCAACAAAGGUUUUGAGUUUUAAUCUGCAAAUAGCUGACCGCUUCUUUGAAUCUUUGCAGGAAUAAUCUGCAUAUUGUUAAAGUGUAGAACAAGUAAAUAGUUCAAACAUGUUUUCAAGUGUUAGUAAUUUUCUACUUUGCUCCAUAGAGCAGCGCGCUUGUGUAAGCAGUAAAAAAAAAAAGAAAAAGAAACAGGAUGUGCAUCAUUAUAUGGAUUUAUGAACAGGUGUGCCUCCUCUAGAUGUACUUAAAGGAAAGUUUCUGAAGCCAUUGCACCACUCUGCGACAGGCCAAUGUAGAUCUGCUGGUUUUCUUAAUUCUUUGUCGGGGGGUAAACUCCUGGGGAGCGAAUGAAGAAACACAUUUUGCUUUUGUUCACAUUUAGAGGACUAGUUAGCAAGGGGAAACGGGGGAAAAAGAGAAAAUGGCCAAUUUCAUAUUACGGCUAGCUGAACCAAAGGAUGUGUCAGAUAUUUUGCGACUUAUAAAGGUAAGUAACAUGUUAAACUAAUACUUAAAUGUCUAAUAUGAUACUGGACCACUAAAAUAAUACUUUUUGCCUUUUAGGAACUUGCUAAAUUUGAGGAGAUGGAGGAGAAGGUGAUGCUCACUGAGAAAGAUCUACUGGAGGAUGGCUUUGGGGAUCAUCCAUUCUACCACUGCUUGGUUGCUGAAGUCCAAAAAGAGCAGAGCACAGAUGAUAAAAAACGGUCCCUAACAAAAACUCACCAUCAAGGGUACAAUGUGAUUGGCUUUGCAAUGUACUAUUUCACUUAUGACCCUUGGAUUGGAAAGCUUCUCUACUUGGAAGACUUCUUUGUCAUGCAAGAGUUUAGAGGUCUUGGAAUUGGUUCCCGGGUCAUGAAGAUGCUGAGCGAGACAGCAGUAAAGACUCGCUGUAGCAGCAUGCAUUUCAUUGUAGCAGAAAACAACAAGGAUUCCAUCGAGUUCUACAAGAGAAGGGGUGCUGCUGAUCUCUCAUCGGAGGAGGGCUGGCGUCUUUUUAAGAUUGACAAAGAGUGGCUGCUGAAAAUAAGUGCUAAAUAGAGUUUAUUGUUCAUUGAUCUACACUGAAUUCUAGUGGUAGCAAUAAUCCUGUUCUGUUGAGGUAUUUGGCAAAGUUUAAAUACAUUUGUUUACCAGUUGCUUUUGAUAAUAAACAGCCUCUGCUGCUUAAAAAAAAAAAAAAAUAGAUUUUAAAUUGUGUGAAUGAACACUGCAUUUUUAAAGCAACAUGGUAUUUAUAUGCUAUGCUGCUGAGAAUCUUUUAAAUUAAUACAUUUCAAGAUUAUGUAAUAAGAUUAAAAAAAGACUGCUUGUUGCACAAAUAUCAUAUUCUAUUAUUGAUUUUUUUUUCUUUGUGUAAUAUAAAAAUGUGACUGUUUGUUGGGUAUCAAUUCCAGUGAUGAUUGUUUGUUUUUAGGUAGGUAGAUUUUUAUGUUGUAAUCUUUACUUCAGAUUGUUUUUUUGUAUGUUUUUUUUCUUCUUAAUCAAAUUCAGUAAAUACAUGCAUUUU